AUGUCAGCAAGAUAUCAUUUGAGUGCCUACGAUCGUGGACGAGCAGUUGGGCGACUGGAAGUAGGUCAAAGUGUCACCACUGUAGCUGCUGCAAUCGGUGGAUCAAAGAGUGUUAUAUCGCGAUUAAAGAAGGCCGCUGAAUGUGGAAAUGCUUUGCAAAAGCAUGCCGGGGGUCGUGGUAGGAACACCACAUCUUUAGAGGAUCGCUAUGUAGCCCUCGUGGCAAAAAGGAACAGAAAUUUAACUCCUGACCAGAUAGCUGCAACCGCUACAGGUAAGCAUGUUUCUGCAAGAACCAUCUCACGGCGAUUAAAUCAAGUUGGUUUGUAUGCAUGGAAGCCUGUUCAUUGCAUCCCGCUUCAAUCAAGCCAUCGUCGUGAGAGAUUACGCUGGUGUAAGGAACAUGUUGGUUGGGAUAUCCAAAAUUGGUCUAGAGUGAUGUUCUAA